UCUUCAACUUAUUUUGGUGUUUACCUUUUUUUUUCCGUUGACUUGUUUAUAUUAGACACUUCAUUUUUUUCUGUGGUUUUUUAUUUAUUUAUUGAUUUCAAUAGUAUUAAGAAAGAGAUACCCAACUUAAUUCCAAAUCCAGACUUAUAUUACAGUAAAUGAUGACGUUAAGACACAACACACUUCACUCCCACUAGACAAAAGGUCACAAAACUCCAAUUGGCCCCGCCGACACAAUGGUUGAUGGACCGACAUAUUCAUAAAUUAAUUCCCAAAAAAAGAUUUUUCUUUGGUCAAGCAAGCCCCCAACGAAAGAGAGAAGUGUAUAUAAAUCAUCAUUGUACACUGUACACUGUACAACAACUCAGUACAGGCACGUCUCUCACUCCACACUUGCUUAGUGACUACUCCAUCCAUGUCAAACACUGCUAGUAGCUCACAUCAAAGCUUCACAAGUUUCGCUAAUGGUUGGUUAAACCGUCACAGGUAUUUCGUCGAACAGCUUAUGUGCGCUUCUUCUUCUUCUUCCGAUGAAACUAACUCAAUCACUCUCGAGGAAGAACAACAAUCUCUUGUGACCCAGUUUCUAUCUCACUGUCUUCAAUAUUACCAAGAGAAAUACGCCGCCGUUUCCAUCGCCGGAGACAACGUAUUCACUUUCUUCUGCCCACCGUGGUUCAGCUCCUACGCUAAACUCAUUCUCUGGGUCGGCGAUUUCAAGCCUUCUUUGAUCUUCAAACUCACAGACGCCUCCGUGGACGACCUCACGAGCCACCAGCGAGACCGGAUCUCGUGUCUCCGGUCGGAGACAAGGAGGAAAGAGAGGGAAGUGAUGAGAGACUUCGCGCUCGUGCAGCAGAGCGUGGCGGAUCCGCCGGUGAUGCUCGCGGCGAGGCGAGUAGGGGUGGUGGGAAUGGUGGACGGAGAAGAAUCUGAUUUGGAGGAGGCGAUGGAGGUGCUGAAAUCGGGGAUGGCGGCGGCGAUGAACAACGCUGAUCAGCUAAGGUGUUCGACGGUGGGGAAAGUGGUGGAGAUACUUACUCCGUCGCAAGCGAUUAAAGUGUUGAGAACAAUCGGGGAGCUUCACCUCCGUCUCAGAGAAUUGAAUGUGGUGGAGAGAGACCACCAAUGAGCUUGAUCAGUUUAAUAAUUUGCUUCUUCAACAACA